AUGGACAAGACUGACAUUACAGAGGAGAUGGAAAAGCGGCCACAAGAAAUAAUGCGAUGGUUCUCGCCUAAAACGCAAAAGAUACUUGUACGUCUUCAGGAAGAUUUCGGGAAUCCCCGUCAACCAGCGACUGAUUAUUCUCAGUAUCAGGAUCAUUAUAGCUACACAAUUUUGAGAUACGGAAAAGACUAUGACGCCCAGCGAGCAUUGCGAAUUAGGAAGAUUCAUGCAUUCUUCCACCGCCAUAAAAUUACAGUGGCUGGCGCGGAACACAUGAGCCUAGAGAAGCUUGAAAUGAAAUAUCAGCUGGCAAAGCUAUUCAUGUAUGGGAGACUUGUACAAGAAAUAUUCAUGGCUAUGGAAAGGGAAGAAGGGAAGUCAACAUGUAUCAUUACAGAGAUUACAGAUGACAAGGAUACCCCGUGGUAUUAUCGGCUAAUUCCGUGCUGCGCAGGUACCCAGAAACCAAAGGUAAAGAAACCAAAAAGAAAAAAAAAGCACUGGAGGAUCCGGACUGUUUGA